AUGCUCAGUGACCCUGUGAAUACACAGAAACUUAUCCAAUCGGGGAAUACCAAAAAAUCUGAUUUGAUAGCUGUCUGCCCAACAACUACGGCUGCUUUUCUACAUGCAGCAGCCAACAUGGAUAUAGACAUAAUCACCUACCAUCCGACUGAAACCAAAGAAUUGCUGAGAUUCACCAGAAAACAUUAUCGCCAAGCUACUGACAGAGGAAUAUUUUUUGAGAUUCCCUAUUCACAUAUGCUUAGAGAUUCGUCAAAUAGGAAAAAGAUUAUCCAGAUUUCACAUUUGUACCAUACAGUUGGCAAAUCCCGGAACGUCAUAAUCAGUAGUGGAGCUCUUACACCAUUAGAACUUCGCAAUCCUUACGACGUAGCGAAUUUAGGAUUACUUCUUGGAUUAAGUGAAGGAGAAGCUAGAUCUGCUUUAAAUUUGAGUGGACGAUCCGUUGCACUUCAUGCUGUGACUCGAAAAACAGGAAAAUGUGUCAGCUUUAUUGCUGAAACUGACAAGUUGGAUCCAGAGGAACAAUGGAAAGCUAAGGAAAUAACUGACGCGGAAGAAAGACUUGCGGGAGAACCAGAGCCCAAAAAGAUGAAAAUGGAAACUGCUUAG